GAAGAGUAGAGCGAAGCGCGUGUGCUCAUAUUUGUUUUCAAACCAAACGUUAGUGUGAAAAUACACAUGACGCUUGAUACAAACUAAAAUGCUAAAUUUAUUUAAUACUAACAACGAAAUGACCGCGUACUAAGGGCCUAAAAUCGACUUACACCAACCAAAACAAAAGCAGCGCGAAAAGCAAAAGCAUAAAGUCAAAGCAGGCCAAGAAGAAGAAGCCAAAACAACGCGACAUCGACACCUGUUUGCCUGCAUUCCUGAACCUGUGCAACACUGGUUAUUCGUGUGUAUGUGUAUGUGUAUGUGCAUGCGAUCGUGUGUAGUUACAGAAUAAGGACUAGCCAACGAAUUCUAUUCCUUAAACAGUGUUUAAAUAAUUAACAAUUUGUUUGGCCACUGCUGCAAUUGCAACAUUUAACAGCCAAUCGUUGCCCGCCGCCGCGCCUGCGCAAAAGAAACAGCUAACAGCAGCAGCAGCAGCAGCAACAACAACAACAAGAUAAGCACAAACACACACAAAAACCGGUUAGAGCGAGACACACAGAGACCGCACGAACACAGUUACAAACUACAAACUACUCACUCGCAUAGUUUGUGUUCGUUUUUGUUUGGUUUUGCUUGGAAAACAGAAAUAGAAGGAAACACACAAAGCAAAACACAAGAAGAAACGAACAAAUACACGAAGACGAAGAAAAAAUCAAUUGCAAGUGGUGAAAAGUGUGAACGUUACAAAGAAAACAAAGCGGCAAUUCACACGAAAUAAGAAAUUAGAAAUAAUUUGUGCCGUACGCGGAAACUGGGCACCCAAAAAAAAAAAAAUAAAACAAGUGUUUACAUAAGGGUUAAUGCCCAAGUGCCCUCUUAUCGCCAAAGAAAGUGAAUUAAAGCCACAAAUAAUUGUAACAGUAAUUGCCCAACCAGUUUCUAGAGUCCCGCCCUUAUCACAAACGCGCAAUCACCUGUUGACCAAUUUGACACGCAACAACAGCCGCAACAACAAUUUGCUUGCUCUGUAACAUGUCACAAUCGAACGGAUAUUGAGCAGCAGCAGCUACCACAGCAACAUCGGCUCAGAUAAUGGCAACCAACAGCAACAACAGCAGCAGCAACGCGAUGACGACUCCCGCGGAGUCGCUGGAAAGUCGCGAUGAGGUUGACUUCAUUGCCGCCAGGCACAAUAACAACAACGACUACGAGGAUUUCCGCAGCGCCAAUGGCGUGGUAAUCAGCGCCAAAGGAUCAAGCACAACAGCAACAGCAACAGUCACACCAAACAAUCAACCAAAUGUCACCAACAACAAUCACAACAACAACAGCAACAGCAACAACAACACCCUGAAAAAGUCAAAGGAACGCCGCACACUCUUCAGCUUUGGCAGCAAAAAGCCAAGUUCGGGCACAAUUACGAAUCCCGCCAACGCCUCCGCUGCCACGCCCAUACCGGCCAGCAGCAGCCUGCUGUUGCCGCCAAAGCCAGCAGUGCCCAUUGGAACACCGCCGAGGCAGCACAAGUUUGUGAAGAGCAGCAGCAUCGCCCGGCUGCUGGGCAACACGUACAACGCGCGCAAGUUCGAGCGGGAGGAGCAGAAGCGAUUGGCCAACGAGGCUAGCGGCAAGUUUCAUACGUUUAGCGGUCGUCGUCGUGGCCCGGAACGGCCGUAUCUAGAACGCUUCAAGCGCAUGUCCAAGGAGGAUGGCGACAUUGCCGGCGGCGACGAGACGGUGCAGGUGACCAAUGUGGUCACCCUGACUACAGAUUCGCGGGACUUGCAGUACGGCAGUCGGCGGGAGCAUGUGGGUCGCGCCGAGGAUCAGCUGAGCGCCAAGGCUAUGCGCACAUUGACCCGAGGACUCGGCAAGCUCUGGUGGAAGCGCACCCACAGCGUGGACAUCAGCACACCGGAUCCGGAGUACAAGGUGUCCUAUCUGGGCAACGUGCUGACCGGCUGGGCCAAGGCAGGCGAGGGCUGCGUCGAGAAGCAACUAAAUACGCUGUGGCGCAACUACACACAGCACACCAAGCCGGAUGUGAUCAUGCGGGUGAAGGUGUGCGCCUCCGGUCUGAAGGCCACCACACGGCAGCACGGCCUGACCGAGUACUGGUCGAAUCGCAUCACCUACUGCUGUGCGCCCAAGAACUAUCCGCGCGUCUUCUGCUGGAUCUACAGGCACGAGGGCCGGAAGCUGAAGCACGAACUGCGCUGCCAUGCGGUCCUCUGCAGCAAGGAGAAGAUUGCCCAGGACAUAUGCGAAACACUGCGGGACAAUCUAGAGAGUGCAUUGCGGGAAUUUAAGCGUGAGAAAAUUCUGAAACAAAAUGCGCGUCUCAGCCUGGCAAAUGCCGUGUACGACAACCCAAGCUUGCCCAGGCGCAAGAUCAUGCUCAGCGUGGGCGGCAACAAUUACAGGCCGCCGCUGGAGCGCUCCAAGUCGGCGCCCAAGCUGAUGGCCAUUGAGGAGGCCAUCGGCGAGGAGGAGGGCGACGAGAUCGAGGACACGAACGAGCCCGAAAUGAUGCCCUGCUGCCAGCGUGAUUCACUGUAUCCAGCCAUGACGCUGGGCAGGCGACGCUGUCGACGCGGUCAUUCCAUUCGCCGCACGGGCAAGAUUCAAGCGGCAGCCACCUGCUGCUCACAUCAAUUGGAACCAAUGCCGGAGCCUGAGCUGCCGGCAACUAGCAUCGACAGCAUAACCGCCACAGCUGUUGCCUCUAACAACGACGGCUCCGACUCGGACGAGUUCGAAAAGCUGCUCAAGUUCGAGCCGACGCUGAGCAACGAGCUGUUACCCUACUUUGAUAUGCAGCUGCACAAGAACAGCAGCCAGAGCCUCGGCAGUCUGGCCGAGCUUCCGGUGGAUCCAACGGAACUCGAUGAAGGCGACGAGGCGGAACCGCUCAGCCUGCUGCCCACCAUCAACAGCGAUCCCAGUGCCGAUCCGCAGGCUGACUUCGACAGCGAUGACGUUGUCCAUCUGCGCCGCAGCGGCGUCUGCAGUGACGGGGAGGAGGACUUCCUAGACGAUGCGGACGACCAUUACUUUCGGCAGGCGGCCAUGCUCACGAUGCUGCACCGUAGCUCUAUGCGCAAGCGAAACAGCGAGCAAGCCAGCCUGCAGUAUCGCCACCAGCCGCAGUCCUCUAUCUCGUCCAAUGCCUCCAGCUCGACGACUGCCAGUGGCAUAGCGCAGGCGGGCGCAGCUGGUGCUCAGCAGUGCCUGGCCAGUCCGGACAGCGACGAGGGCUCCAUUUCCAGUGGCUGCGAGACCGCCAGCACGGUGACUAAUGCCAACCAGGAGGAGUACAACAAGUCUCAAGGCAGCAAUGUGCAGCAGCAGGUGCUCGAGCAGAUGUUGAUCUACCAAAGACUAGAGGAGUCAAAGCGACGCCAGCAGCUGCGCCACAACAGCGACGCCACCAACUACAGCAGCUCCAGCAGCAUUACCCUAAAGCUAAACUCCUCGUCGCCCGCGGAGUCGGUCAGCUGCCUUGAGGUGUCCGAUCCUAAGCAGCCGGCGGAUGCAGCCAGCGUUUCGGAUGACGAUUCCGAGUGCAGCGAUGAGAGCGGCUAUGUCGAGUUCCAGGAGAAGGAGCGCGUUCAGGCGAAUGCUGGCGUUGUGGGCGUGCCGGCACCUGUUAAGCCUCAGCUGCCACCCAAGCCGGCGCCGCGGCGCUCGCUCAGCCUAGGCGCCACAGCGAGCACAGGGACGCCGGUCUGAAAGUCCCAGCCGCCCGAAAGUAUGCUUUAAUAAAUAGAUGUCUCCCCCAUUGUUAUUUCUGCGCACCCGUCAGCAACAAAAAGUGCAAGAAAUUGAAUUACCUAUUCGUAGUCGUAGCCCUAGGUUUACCUUUAAGCUGUUUAGCUCAUAAGUCAUUUGUUGUUGGCUCAUCAUACAAAGAAAUAACCUAACGAUAUUAUUGUGUAAAUGUUUCUUUAUUGCACAAAAACCAUUAUAUAUUCAUUGAUUUUUGUUUAUAUUUUUAUUAUUAUUAUUUUUUAACUUUUUGUUUAAUAUGUCCCCCAAUUCACAAUUGAUUUGUUUCUUCAUAUCGGUCUUCCCUGCACUCUUCCUGAAAAGAUACUGUUUGAUUUGCUCUGUAAAUAAACUAGGCGCCCUAAGCACUGCAUGUACUAUAUGUAAUCCAUGAAUUGUAUCUUACCUACCUAUAUAAAUUAUUAUUAUGAAAUAUAUGCAACUA